AGGACAAUAAAGAUAAUGCAAAAAAUAUAAAUGUAUAAAAUGUUCGGUUUCCAUUAUCCAGAAUCUAGCAGCAUCACCAUUUUCUCGACAACUACUGUGUGAGAGAGAAAAUCAAAUUGAUGGACGCUCAAGCUCUGUGUAACGUCUGUACUCCGUUUCACCGGAAACCUACACUUCUCCGGUCACCGAUUGCCGCCUCAAAUUCGCUGAAAUUCCGGCGUAAGAUGACCGUAAAGUCGGAGCUUCAAACUACCACAACGCCUUCUGUUAAUGGCGCUUACUCACCAUCAGUACGGACGCACAAGGUCACUGUUAACGAUAGACAGCGAGGCGUUGUUCAUGAAUUCGUUGUUCCAGAGGAUCAGUACAUAUUACACACAGCUGAAGAUCAGGAUAUUUCUCUCCCUUUCGCUUGCAGGCACGGUUGUUGCACAAGUUGUGCUGUUCGUAUUAAAUCUGGAGAUAUUAGACAGCCUGAAGCCUUAGGAAUAUCUGCCGAAUUAAAGGCCAAGGGGUAUGCACUUCUCUGUGUGGGGUUUCCAACAUCCGAUAUUGAAGUUGAAACACAAGAUGAGGAUGAGGUCUACUGGCUUCAGUUUGGAAGAUAUUUUGCCCGAGGGCCUAUUGAAAGAGACGACUAUGCACUGGAGUUAGCUAUGGGGGAUGAGUAAGGUGUGUCAAAUCGACAUAUAGAAGUGAGGAUAAAUUGAAUGAAGCUGCCACCUGAUGUCCUGAUCAUAUUCUUGUUCUUCUUUUUACCUGUAUGUAUUAUGUUGUUAUUGUGUAAUUUAGCUCUGGCCUUGUUGUAACAUGAGUACUUUAAAUUCAUUGACAACUGUUUAGAAAGGAUCUUUUUGUUAUCAGUAACUAAAUGUAAAAAGUAUUGUCAUGCUUUAAAAUUACAGAAA